UAACUGGAAACACUGUGUAAAUCAAAUGUCACCUGAACAACAGGAGCAUUUUCGUCUGCAAUAUUUUUAUUCCAAGUUUCCACUGUUAUUGUUUUACAUGUAACAACGAAUAAACAGAAUGCUGUUAGUAACAAAAAGUAUCACAAUGAAUGGUGUAGUAGCUGUUCGAAUUUAGUGUAAUUUUUUGAUUCUGAAAAUCGCAUAUAGUACUUAAAUAUUAGUACAAGAUGGCAAGUGAAGACGUGAUAGAAUUGGGGUCUUCGGACGAAGACUCGGAGCCGGCACCCAAGAAGUGUAAACCGUUGCCUAAUGCGAUGGUCUGCAUACCGAAGAAAUUACAUGAAGUUACAAUACAACCUGCUAGAAUAAAUAAAAAUAUUCCACCUAAAGGAAUAGUCAGGGGAGUAUCAAUACAUACAACAGUAUCUAUUAAAAAACUUCCUAAGCCGAAUAUAGUGAAACCCCAACUCCUUAACCCUUUAUCCAUUCAGAGGUCUAUUAGAAGUGCAAUGCCAAAAGUCAGUUAUAAACCCACUGCAAAGAAUCCUGGUCCCUCAAAAGUUCUCAAAGAACCUAUUAAAAUAUUGAAUUCAUAUACUACAUUAACAAAAUUGCCUCCUAGUAUCACUGUUAAAAAAACAUCUCAGUUGACUAAAAGGCCCAUUGUUAUUCUGAAUCCACCACGAGGACAAAAAAUCAAUGAAGUGAAAAAAAAAACAAUUAAUAGAAUGCGGACUGUGGCGACUGUUGAUUUAGAUGAUGAUGAAAGUCCUGUUAAUCCAGGUCCUGCUAACCCAAGUCCUGUGUGGUACAUCAGGCCUGAAGAUGAAAAAGAGGAAAAAAAGUCCUGUUCACUUGAACAACAGAAUAACAAUGAACCAACAACAUCUAAAAUGAUAGAAAUAACUAUUGAAGACAGUCCAAUUAAAGUUGUGCAAAACAAGAGAACUUGUGAAAUUGGGGAGGAAUUAGCCAUCACAAUAGAAGAUAGUCCUAAUAAACCAGUUGAUAAGAAAGAUUCUCCCAGUGGAAGUGAUGAUGAAAAACAAGUCAGUAAAAAGGAGACUCCAAGAAAAAAGAAACUUGAGUAUCCAGCAGCCGGGGAUGAUGAUAAGAAAACUAUGGUUAUUGAAAUUGACAUCCCACUUGAAGAAACCUUGAAUAUAGUAAAUAAGAACAGCGAAAAUAUGGAAUCAAAAAUAAGCAAUGUUAGUGAUAAGAAAACAGAAGAAACAUCACAAAAAGUUGAAAAUUUAGAAGAAGAUAAGCAAAAUCCAAUAGCCAACACCAACAAUGAAGGUGAAAAUGAAUUUCAUACUAUAUACCAAAGCUUUAUAGACUUAUGUUUCCAAUUAGAAAAUUCUGAAGAUAUGAGAAAAAUAGUAGAGAAAAAAAUCAAAGGAUAUUACAGACAGGUUCCAAAGGAGUUUACGGAAUCAGAAGAGUUUAUUGAUAUGGUUUCCGGUAAGAUAAUGGCAAUGAAGGCUUGCCCCGAUAAAAUGUAUCUGUAUAUAAAGGAUGUUGUAGAUGAAUUGAAUAUGCAACGUAAAUUAGCUAAAUCACAUGUUAAUGCCAUAAGUACAGAAGUUAAAAGCGAAGAACCUGAGCAGAUAUCAUUUGCAGAGGAUUGCGAGUAUGAUAUGAAACGCCAAAGACAGAUCCGUAAGUUAGAGAAGACAAUAAAGAAACUGCAUCGGGCCAUACAGAAGUUGGAAUCACAGGAGGUGGACUUUGAUGAUGACGAUGACUCAGUUUAUUUAUUGACUGAAAGGUACAAAGAACGCAUGGUGCGAGUUUACGCUAAGUUUUGUCAGCUGACAAAUACAAAGAUGCCUUCGGAGCCUCGCAUUCAAAUAGACGCUCGACCUGGCCGGCCUAGCGGGCCAGCAAAGCGCCUGGAGAAAUGGAUCAAUAAGAGAGUUCCCAUUGGAACACCACUGCCAUUCCCGGACUUCCAUGAUGUUAUCCGCUGUGUUCGAGAAGCCAAUGAAGAAGAUAAACUGUGCUGGAAUGAGGCGGAUAUUAUGGAAGAAGCUCGUGAUUUAUUUACCCGUUGUGGUAAGAAGCUACAAAGGCGUAGACAAGAAAAUGAAUGGAGAUUAGCUGCCUCAAGAAUAUCCACAGAGGUUGAUCCUGCUGAAAAUGACGAGCAUCUCAAAACUAAACUCUCUGAAAAUAGAAAACUAGCUGAAAAGAAGGAGACUGAAAUAUUUAACAAGUUUGCAGAUAGACAAAAUCAAUUAAAGUUGGAGGCAGUAGAAAUUGGCGACAAGGAAGCAGAAGAAUCUCCAGUUGAAAGUGAAGAUGAUGAUGCUGCCGAUGACGGAGUAUUGUUAGAGAACAAAGACAAUAGAAAAGAUCGACUUAAGAGAUUGCUACAAGAAAGAUCUAAGCGGAUUAGUGAUGAAAAAGAGAACCAGCCAACAAGAGAAUCUGAGGUAAGCAUAGCUGGUGACAAAAGCCCUGAGAAAAAUGAAAAUGAUAUUUCACCCAAGGAACCAGAGGCAGAUGGUAAAGCAGAAAAGCACGACCCUAAUACACCCAUUUCUUGCAAUGUUACAGAAACACUAUCCUUGAGUGAUAACAGUAAAGACUUGGAAUCUGACAUAGACGAACUGCAUCUAUUGCAGAAAUUACACUCUGAAAAUGAAGCUGGUACUUCGUCCCACGAGUCUUCAGAUUCGGAAAGUCCUAUUGCUAUAUCUGAUUCUUACGAAUCAGACAACGAAAGUGAUGGUAAAAAACAACAAAGUGACGUCAUCAGUAUAGAGAAUUCGAGUUUCUCUGAGAGUGAACUUGACGUCAAUAAUGCGGUUUCUACACAAGAAGUAGUUUCUAAACAAGGUGACAAAGAAAUGGAAAAGAAUGAUACGAUCGAAGCGGAGCAGUCUAAUGAAGUUAUAGAGUUUGUGUGCUCCACAUUUGAGGGAGAAAGCAGUCAAACUAACAUCACUAAGAGCACAGAGAAUUCAAAUACAGGUAUUUUAGAGACGCAAACAGAAACAAAUGAUAAGGAAAAUAAAGGUCCCGAUGAAAAUAUACUGCUUGCGUCAUCAGACGAGGAAAAUAACACUCACCAAGAAGAGAACAUAACACUUUGCGGGUGCGUUAAUAUAAGAGACGAUCUCAUUUCCAUAGAUGAAACAGUUGUUGGAAAUGGGAAUGAACUAGCUGAUUCUGAUAUAAUUGAAGAAAUAAUAAUUAAAGAGUCUAUUGAGAAAGAGGACGAAUCCGUUUUGGAGGAUGGCAACAAAGAUACCGAAAAAGCAAAUGAAGACCAUGUAUUAGAAAAUGAUAGAUCACAGGAUAAUUUAUUAUGUAAAACUAUGGAACCAGCGGGAAAUAAGAUUUGUGUUAUAUCUGAUGUUAAAACAUCCGUAAUAGAUACAAAUAAGGUUUUAAGUGAGACUGAUAAUGGAAACGAUAAAUUAAGUGAAAAAGAUGCACCAUCCACAUUAUCAGUAGAGACGUAGUACUAAAUAAAUUUAAUUUCUUUGAGUAGAUUUCUGUAAGUCAAAAAAUAUUGUUGGUUGAGAUAAAAUCUAUACUCAUAACAUGUUUUGAUUGAGCUAUAUGCUGUUAUCUGCAUUUAGAUAAAUGCCUAAUGUAACCGAACUCAAUAAUAUGUAAAUAACAAGAUAAAACUUACUAUUUUGCGACAGCAAUAAAUUAUAACCGAUUAUUUAGCCUCAAUUGAGCUAAUUAUUUUAACACAAUAUACGAAGUUUGACAAGAAAUGACCAUGGUGAUCCGAAGCUUUUGGCGAAUGAAUUAUCAUGGGCAUUAUCAAUUUGGCAAUUAUGACAGCCAUCAAAGUAUGUGAGUAACACAGUUUUGUCUCAGUCUUCAACUGAAAUUCACAGAAAGCAUUUGAAAGAUGCGAAAUGUCUGCAGGUUGCGGAUGUCCGCAAUGCCCUUCACCUCGUACCAUGUAAUUUUAUUGUCACGUUAUUGUUUCGUUAGUUGUCAUUUGGCUGUCUAUUUCCCCAGGCUAUUUUCCUACAAGUAAAGCCUCAGGGUAACUGUGUAGGCUACAAGUUACUCUGAGGCUCUACUUACUUACUUACUUACUACUACUCUACAAGUUGUAGCAGAGCCAGACUGUAUCUUGUAGGUCUUCACAGGAAUCAUUUUCAUUGACUAUUUGUCUCGAAUUAUCCUUUAAUGGACUACAAUGGGCUGAAACGUCUAUGUUAAUCCUUCGUAAUCUCAGAAUUUACUGCAUACUUUUUUAAAAUAUCGUAUACCUUUACUCUCCAUCUCACCAAAAUGUAAUACAAGGAUCCAUUUAAUUUUUAAAGUAUUAUCUGUGGUGCUUUGCAACUGGGCCUAACUCUUGCUGUUGUUUUUUUCUCAGUUAUAUCAUAUCUCUUCUUUUUGUCUUUCGCUUGCUGUGGAGAGAAGUAGAAAUCACUUUUUAUACUUUUCCUAUUUAAUUUCGAUGUAGGUUCCAAGACAGUUAAUCAUUUUACUGGGACACACCGAGCUUAAGUGUUACUUGGAUAAACCGACUUUAAAAAUGAGUAGGCAUUAAAUUGGUCAGGUAAAACGAAUGAAAACCUUAAGGGCCAGUCCAAUGUUUCUGUGAAUUUAAACAUAAAUUUUGGUCGAGCAUACAUUAUAUGACAAGCGUAACGCGGUGGAUGUUUUCAUGGCACUCGAAAAUAUACUUUAAAAGAACCUAUUAAGAAUCAUUUUUAUCUAAGUUACAAGUGAAGAAUUAUCGCAAACAAUUGUGAACUUUUGGCAAUAAUCAUAAAGUUUGUUGUCGAGUAAUAUUAAAACUAUGCUUCCGCUGUUCCGUUUCGCCAUAAUGUGUUGUUAUUAAAUACCGGCCUUUGUAAGUAAUAAUAAUAUGUUUUAUAAUUGUAUUUUUAAGUUAUAAUUUGUCGCCUUUAGCGUGGUUGUAUAUCCUGAAUAGAUAUGAUUUCAUAAAAAUUAUAAUUUGUAUAAGCAUA